CAACACUUUUUCAUCAUAUCAUAGAUAAGAAUUAAGAAGAGUUUCUGGAAACAAAAGGUCGAGUCAUGAACUCAGCGGCGGAAUUCUCCGAGUUGAUCCCGGGUUUGCCCGAGGAACUCGCUCUCGAGUGUCUCACUCGGUUGCACUACUCGGCUCACUCGGUCUCAUCCCACGUAUGUAAACGGUGGCGCGAGCUUCUUCAGAGCAAAGACUUCUACUAUCACCGGCGGCAAACCGGGUUCACUCAUAAGGCGGCUUGCUUGAUCCAGGCGCUUCCGGUUCCGACCGAUUCUAAACCGGUCGGCCAACCCAGUUACGGAAUUUCAUUGUUUGAACCGGCGAGUGGGGAUUGGGAUCGGGUCGACCCGAUUUCGAAGUACCCGAACGGGUUGCCGCUUUUCUGUCAAAUCGCGAGUACUGAAGGGAAGCUCGUAGUGAUGGGCGGGUGGGACCCGGCCACGUGGGAUCCGAUCAGGGACGUGUUCAUGUACGAGUUCACGACUCGGGAGUGGACUCAGUGCAAGGACAUGCCGUCUCGACGCUCGUUCUUCGCGAUGGGCGCCGCGGGUGGGCGAGUGUUCGUGGCCGGCGGGCACGACGAGAACAAGAACGCGCUGCGCAGCGCGUGGGCGUUCGACACGAGGGAGAACCAGUGGACCGAGCUGGGCGGGAUGAGCGAGGCGCGUGACGAGUGCGAGGGGAUCGUGGUGGGCCCCGAGUUCUGGGUGGUCAGCGGUUACGACACCGAAACUCAAGGGCGGUUCAAGAGCAGCGCCGAGGCGCUGCAAAUGGAAACGGGCGAGUGGAGGCGCGUGGAGAACGCGUGGGCGUGUGGAUCCACUCAGUCUCCGAGGGGGUGUGUGGGGGUGGACAAAAAUGGAAAUUUAAAAAACUGGACGGACUGUGACCCGGCAGUGAGGGUCGGGUCAUGUGGAAUUGACCUGGGCGAAUGUUGUAUAUUGACCGGGUCAGCUUACCAGGGGGCCCCACAUGGUUUUUUCUUCGUCCAACCCCAAAAUCUUAAAUUGGUAAAGACAGACGUCCCAGAUGAGUUUGCGGGAAUUGUGCAGUCCGGAUGCUGUGUAGAAAUAUGAAUUAUCCAUUCCAAAUAAUUAAUACUACGUACCAUAUAUAUUUUUUAAUACUAUAAUAUAAUGCCUUUCAUGAGUUUCAUCCUUAUCCUUAUCCAUUUUCCGACAAUUUUAAAAUAGUACUCCGUAUCAUUAUUAUUC